UUAUAUUCAUGUAUAAAGAAACAAAGUGAGCGGAAUCUUGUGUUUCAAUGGAGUCGUCAAGAUCGCCAUCGUCUUGGUCAGUUGCUCUGAUAACUGUCAUCCCCGUACUACUCCUCCUCAUCCUCUCUCCCUGGUUAUUCUCCUUCCAUCACCAUCACCAUCACUAUCCACCACCACAACCACAACCACCGCCGCUUACCGUCGGACCGUUUAUCAAAAACACCUGCACCAACACUCUGUACCCCUCUCUCUGUUUCCACACCCUCUCUUCCAUCCCUCUCCACCACGUACACGACAACGUCACCCGACUGCACCACGUCCUUCGAUUCGCCAUCCAAAAAACCCUCAUCCGCGCCACCAAAUGCCGUUCAAGAAUCGCCGCCCUCACCCUCAAUCUCCAGUUGGUCACCAACUGCAUCGACCUUCUUGAUCAAACCAUCUACGAACUUGAAGAAUCCAUGAAACCCCCCCUCACUUACGCUGCCAUCAAGAACCUACUCAGUGCCGCCAUGACCAACGAGAACACCUGCAUUGAAGGCUUCUCCGAUUCCACCCACCCCCAGACACGUCGUCUUGGCCGCUACUUCCAGAAGUCCCUCACCCCCAUCAUGCGCAUGAUCAGCAACUGCUUGGCCAUCGUCAACCACCUCGACACCCUGCUUGGCCCCACUGCCACCACCCGUCUUCUCUCCCACCCUGAUCAUGUCCCUUCCUGGAUGACGGCCGCUGACCGGAGGCUCAUGCAGACGCCUCCCCCGCCCACUGUGGUUGUAGCCCUGGACGGCACUGGCAAUUUCACCACCAUCGGCGCUGCCGUUGCAAUGGCCCCUAACCGAAGCGCCCUCAGGUACGUCAUUCAAAUCAAAGCAGGGGUCUACAACGAGAAUCUGGUCAUUCCCAGACAAAAGAUUAACAUCAUGCUCGUUGGAGAUGGGAUGAACUCCACCAUAAUCACCGGCUCCAGAAACUUUGUGGACGGCUAUACCACCUUCACCUCUGCAACCCUAUCUGUUAUUGGGAAUAACUUCUUGGCACGAGACCUGACCAUCAUCAACACCUCAGGCCCAGAGAAGCAUCAAGCGGUGGCUCUACGGGUCACAUCCGAUGCUGCUUUCUAUCAUUGCCAGUUCAUCUCCCAUCAGGAUACCCUCUAUGCUCACUCCCUCAGCCAGCUGUAUCGUGAGUGCGCUAUCCACGGCACCGUUGACUUCAUCUUUGGAAACGCCGCCGCCAUUUUUGAAAGAUGUCUCAUACUUGUCCGCAAACCCAUCCCUGGUCAGAGAAAUGUCAUCACUGCUCAAGGAAGAUUGGAUCCAAACCAGAACACGGGAAUAUCGCUGCAGGACUGCACCAUCAUGGCUGCACCCGAUUUCUCCAUUACGGAGAGGUCUAAUUUCUCAACAUUUCUGGGUAGGCCCUGGCGGAACUAUUCCCGGACCAUAGUCAUGAGGAGCUAUCUUGGGGACAUUAUUGACCCCCGAGGUUGGUGCGCAUGGAAUAAGUACAGCAACCUCAAUACUGUCGAAUACAUCGAGUCUAUGAACUUUGGGCCAGGUGCGGACACUAGAAACAGGGUACAAUGGGCCGGUUAUCACAAGAAUUCCACUGCAGAUGUUGACAACUUCACCAUUCAGUCCUUUUUACAUGGAGCAAAUGAAUGGUUAAAGACCACAGACCUACCCCUAUGCAGCGGUCUCUAUGCAAAAGACUGUAAAACUGCCUCUGCACAGGCUUAUUGAUAACAAAGCUUAUGCAACAAGGUUCCUGAUAAUAUGAGAUUUUUUGAGAGAGAGAGAAUGUAACAUGAAAAUAGUGAAUCAUUCUUUACAUGUAAAUAUAGUUGCUGCAUCAACAUGCAGGACAAUUGAAAAAUAGACAAAUUCAGUAUUGCCUCACCA